UCUCCACUAUAAGUGUCACAGGAUUCAUUCUUCACCCCAACAAAGAAGCAAUCUCUCUCUCUCUCUCUCGCGUUUCCUUGAAGGUGGUUCAGAGCAUUGUGCGAUUCAGAUCUCUCAUUGAACAAAAAUGUCUGGCCGCGGCAAGGGAGGCAAGGGGCUUGGAAAGGGAGGAGCGAAGCGACAUCGUAAGGUCCUGCGCGACAACAUCCAAGGCAUCACCAAGCCAGCCAUUCGGCGUUUGGCUCGCAGAGGAGGCGUGAAGCGCAUCAGCGGCCUCAUCUACGAAGAGACUCGUGGAGUGCUCAAGAUCUUCUUGGAGAAUGUGAUCAGAGACGCCGUUACCUACACUGAGCACGCUCGCCGCAAGACUGUGACCGCCAUGGAUGUGGUCUAUGCGCUCAAGAGGCAGGGCAGGACCUUGUACGGGUUCGGUGGUUAGGUUUCCAAAACAAGUCUUGCUGUCAAGAAUUGGGGAAGUGGGUUUUGGGGGUAGAAUUGGUAUUUGCUUGCUUUGUUUCAAUUUCCAUGGAAAUGUUAUGCCAUUGUAAGUAAGUACUUGUCGUGUAUUGUGCUAAUACAGAUCGGGAAUGAAAUCGGUGUUUUAUCCAUGGCUUAUUGUUAUA